UAUUUUAACUAACGCCGUAAUAUAGAAUUGACAAUCAGUUCGGACCUUGAAAUCAUUUAUGCAACUUUGAUUAUGCUACAGGGAAAAAAGUCUUAUAUUUCAGUUAAAAACCCAUUAACAACAGUUUUUAAUAUCUAAACACUAAACAAUAUUUUUGGUUACAUUCAAUGUUUCGACUGCUUGCAUUCCCGCCCUCCUUCUAUGCCAUACACGCCUGAUCAUAGUAAGUAACGGUGCAAUGUGGUUACGAAAACGAUAGCGUAUGACGGCGCGCGAGCCGCGGCCGACAGUCGACCGAACGCGCCUCCGCAGGCUAACGUGCGGCCCUCCAACAUCUCCGCCCUAAACGUGCUAGACGAUUUAGUUAUAAACCAACCGUGAAACAAAACUAACAGGUGCACUAAACUACAAUUUGUGAAGUGAACAUAUACAAGCGUAUAAAUCAUUAUCGCAAAAUACAAAACAAAGAAUAUUGGUCAAGCUCUGGAAAAUAUCGCCGAUAAGAUAAAACUACAAUAAUAUAAUUUAUCGCGAUUAUUACCUAUAUAAUGCAGAAAGGCCUCGAUACCGCGGGCGAGAAUCACGUCCUUCCUUUCUAUUGAAGCUUUGACGAUGCAACUAUCAAGCACCGCAAUACACCGGGAACACACUGCAUUGACGGACGCGGCAAAUGUGGGAACGCGAAAACAUAGCGCGAAUCAAAUAGCCUGAAUUCCUCGAAUGAGCACAAUAGCCGGUAAAUUAUCAUGGGCGAAACAUCAAAAUUAGAAACACCAGGUAAUAGUGACGAAGAGAGCGGAGACGCAUUUACCGACGGUGACUUUGAAGACUCCGAGGACGAGACGGUAGUCGAGAGAAAUGGAAGUGUUGAAACAUCAAAUAUACCAGUUAAUGAAGCAGUAAACGGCGAAGCGAAAACAAAUGGUUGUGAGUCAAUUGCUGAUGUCUAUGACAGCCAGGCGAAGAUGAAUGGAGUAAAGAAUUACAAUAAUGGACACAAUAGUGAAGUAGACAAUGCUAAUUUUGAUAAUGGAUUACUAGAUGUACGAAGGGAUUCUCUUGUGGAACAAAAUCCCUCUAUCGUGGGAAUACUGGGCGAUCAACAGAAUCAUGCCGAACAGCGGCUGGCGGCGCGUCGAGCGGCGCGUGCGGAGGCGCGCGAGAUCCGCAUGAGAGAGCUGCAGAAGCAGCAACAAGAACAGGAGAACCAUGCCGACAAGGCGUACGAUAUGUAUGCAGAGUCGGUGGGCCGCCGCGCGGGGUCGCGGCUGGCGGCGCUGUCGCCCGCCGUGCACUCGCCGCGGCGCAGCUCCGAGGACUCCGUCGACGACACCUUCACCCUCAAGGAACUCAGGCACGAGCUCAAGGAGGUGGAGGAGAAGUUCCGCAAAGCCAUGAUCCUGAACGCCCAGCUGGACAACGACAAGGCGGCGCUGGGCUACCAGCUGGAGCUGCUCAAGGACAGGAUAGAGGAGCUCCACGAGGAAUAUGCGCAACUCCAGCGCGAGCACAAAGAGAAAUGUUCAGCGCACGAGCGUUUAAAGCGCUCGCACGCGUCGCUCGAGCGCGAACUAGCGAGCGCACGCGACGCCGUGCGCGCGCGCGACGGCGCCGCGCUCGCCGCGGGCUUCGCGUUCGUGGACGCGGCCUCAGCGCCCGAGGGGGGCGGGGCGGGGCCGGCGCUGGCGCUCGUGUCGCAGCAGUCUGAGCAGCUGCUCACUGACGCGGGGGAGGGCACGCUGGACGUGCGGUUGCAGAAACUGCUAGCCUCGAAGCAAUCGUUGGAGUCAGAAGUUCGCAAGCUGAAGUUGCAGCUCAACGAGGAGCGCGCGGCCAGGCAGAACGGCGUCGCCAACCAUCACGACGCCGAGUAUGAGAGCGAGUUGGAGACGCUGCGCAGGAGCGUGUCGGAGAGCAAGGCGCGCGCGGCGCGGGCGGAGGCGGAGGCGGCGCUGCAGGCCGCGGCGGCUGUGCGGCGUGAGGCUCAGCUGGCGAGGCUGCGCGCGCGCCAGGAGCGCCAGGACGGGCUCGAGGAGCUGCUCAAGCAGGAGCGCCGCAAGCUGCAGCGCGAGGAAGUCGUUGACUUCUGGGCCGAAAUCAAUAAUGGCAAUAGUUAACGGCUCGGGAAGCCCUCAAUCGCGUGGAAGAGUUGGAGACAGAGAACAGCCACCUGACGAAGAGACUGGACAAACUGAAAAACGCCAAGUCCGCGCUGCUCAAGGAUCUGUGACAGCACUGAGCGGGGCCCGGCUGUGCGCCGCCGGGAACGGGAACUACACUUGUUGUUUACAUCGAAUGCGCGACGUAAGUCAAAAAUUAACACCUCUGCCGCAACAGGUCGACGUAAAAAAAAGUUCCGACAUUGACGCGUUUUACUUUCGACAUGUGACAUUCGAAACUCAACCUAACUUCCAACGCGCAAGUCUCAAAAUGCGGUAAAAAAAAGCAGUGUCGUUUGAACGGAAACACGAUUACUCCAAUCUGUUCCACUCGAACCUAUUUUUAAAGCGCGUUGCGAACAAGGCCUAAGAACUGGUGGAUUCUAAAUCCAUCAUUUCUUAUGCUAACUCCACACUGUCGCCGAACUCAGACUGUGCAAUGGAAAACCAACAAUGUGUACCGAAUUCGCCAAAGUUUAAGCAAACUGUUCGACGACAGUGUGGAGCCGUCAUUUGACUUUGUUGUUACGUUUAGGUUCUCUCAAAAAAAAAACAUGCUAUCACCACAGAAGCUAAAUUAAUAAAAUAUGACAAUUUUUAUUUCAUGAUUUUAUGAACUUUUAACUUGUAACAAUUCUAUAUUCAAAAUGGCCGAUGCCGCGCUUUCGAUAUUGACGAAAUGUUAUGUUAUUGUAAACACGCGACACACACAUUGACUUAGCAGAAAUUAUCUAAUAAAUGUAUAACUGUGUCAUAAUUUUUUCUUUGAAUAAGCGAAUAUACAGUGUGGUCUAAACAGUAAAAAUAUAUAAUAUCGCAUUUUAAUAUCAAUGCUUUGAUAUUCUGUAACUACGAAUUAACUUUUAAUUUAAUAACAUUGACUUAACACAUUGCAUUGGACUAAAUAUUGUGCAUUUUUAUACUUUUACUCAAAAUAAAGAAUGCAUUUUAAAUACAUCAAAGUUAAAACAUUAUGUUUGCAUUUUAAACACGAUGAUUUAAUUAAUUUCAAAUAUUUUAUGGUGAAUUAAUUUUGAAUAUAGUUUAAUAAAUCAUGACAGUAAUUUUGGGACCAGCUCCCGAUGUGCAAUUAGCGAAUAGUGUUCAUCCAAUAAUAAUCUGUUGCGGUUAUUAAAUUCAAAAUUCAAGAUUUUUAACUGUUUUCCAAUGACAUAAUAAUUUAGAAACUGAUUUAAAAGAUCGAAAUUUAAAAUAACAAUUUAAACUAAUAUAUUCUUGAAAUGGACAGUAUUGUUUGAUGAAUGUUGCGAAGUUGCGACUCCAAUCUAUGUGAUUAAUGAUUAUGAGAUUGUAUAGAAUUGAAUUUUGUAUGUAUAGCUUGCCCAAUCAAAAGUUAGACUGUCCUUAUUUUAAAGUAUUUUACUCUUACUUUAAGCACACUCUAAUUUUUGCAUGCCCAAGCACUAUUUGUAAAUGGAUGGAAAUAAUUUUGUAUAAUAUAGUACUGUGUAUAAUUAAAAUAAUAAUAAUUUAUUUGUUCAUUGAUAAUAAAUAGAUUCAUGUUCUUAUUUUUCUAUAUAGAAUUUAUUUAGCUUGCCGAUUGCGUAUUUUAUUCUUUCGUGUAAUAUUGAUUAUGAUGAUGAAUAUUAAUGAAAAUAAUUUUAUAAUUUCCCGACUUGCCAAUGGUAUCACAAAUUUUAUUAAAUUUAGUGUACGCGUCCACUAUUGUAACCUGCUUUUAUUGUAAUGAAUAUAAUUCUCGACUAAUAUCGUAGUAGCGACGGCAAAGUGAUUGCUCAAAAUUAUAUCCAGUUAUGUGAUAGUUAUCAUGAAUUUAGACGUCCGUUGUAGUUGAUAUUAGUUGCCGGGGGAGAAAAUGGCGAAUUUAAGUACAGAAAAUUGUAUGUGACACGUCUUUUACGGUCAGUUUCAGUGUGGUAAUAGUACAUUGUUUCCUUGUAAUUCUCAAACUUUGAUUGCAAUACAAAUUGUAACCAAUUGCAGUAACCAGAUCCUAAUGCGAUAUAAUGAGUGAUGUUAUUGUAUUUUCUUAAAACAGCAUUAUUAACUUGUAACUAUAAAUAUUUACUUAGGGCGUUAUUCCACUUGUCAAAUUCUUUGUCGAAUAAUGUUAUGUUUAAAAUUUUAAUUAUACUUUAUUGUACAAUAUUAAAGUUGUAAAAGUACAAUGGCUGGUUGGCAUUAGCACUCGUAAUUUUACCUAAGAUGAAAGAGAAAUAAUAUUUGACAAAGAAUUGGGUGAGUGUGUUACCGCCUUACCUCUGUUAGAAAAUAUUGUUGCAGAUUGUAUAUCAGCUAUUUAAUUAUACUAGAAUUGUAUAAGUAUUUUUUGUAACAUUUGAAAUUAUUUGCCGAACCGGAAAGUUACCACUGUCUACUAAUCUUCUUGCAAUGUAUUUGAUAUUCACUAAUGUUGUCACGAACCCAACUUCCAUAUAAUAUAGUUAAUCUAAUUUGUACAUUGUAUUACGAAAAUAGUUUGACAGUAUCCAACUUUGUUAUUGUUACGUGCUACGAAAGGCGAUAAAUAAAUAAGUUAAAUUUUGAAAGACACACAUCCGCUGCGUGACAUAAACAUUAAGUGCGUCUUUGUCGCACCUGACGUGCGCAAGAGAUGGCAGAGUCCAUUUCUAUCGAACUUAAAUGCCGGCCCAAACCGAAUGCGAAGGAGUAAUGCGUAUUUGACAUAUAUUGUAUGGAAUAUCAGUGUGACACUUCUCAUAUAGUUCCGUACAAUACUGACGUUUCUGAUACGGAUACGGUAACGCAUAGUUACACACGCAUUGGGUCUGACCGAGCUUAAAUAAUCACAGACUAAAACAAGCUAAGUGGCUUGUAGUAUUCCUUUUCAGGUUUGAUAGUAACUAUAGUGUUUGUGUCCGUAAUGUAAGAUGAUUGUACACUGUCCGUCGAGGCAAUCUGGUAAUAUAGUUGUUAUUAUAAUAGUCAUGCUCACGUAACCGUGCCAUCGCGCACCAAAUGUAUUAGUGUACAGUAGAGUAGCGAGUGUAAAUGAGUUGUGCUUGUAAGUGUAUGCGGUGUGCACAUCCACAGAGUAAAGCGUAGCGUGCCCGUUUUUUGUAUGGAAUUGUCACGCGCGUCAGCGCUGCCAGUCACAAUUUCAUACAAAAAACGCGCUCACGUUACGCAGUCCGUGUGCACCGGCCUUAAAACAAUAUCCGUUCUAAAUUUUGAACUGUCAUGUAAAAACUAUUAUUAAAAAAUGUACUAACUAAUUUUAAUAAAUAUCGUAAGUCCCAUUUCAUCCGAAUAUCUGGCAACCCUAUGGGGAUAGAGAAUGUAUAACUCAUUGUAAUGAUCGUCUAUGUAUGCUGUAGAUAGCGUUAGUCAAUUCUGUCUAUAGGCUGUGUUGUGAGGGCCUUCAGUCUCAAUGCUUGCACGAUGGUGGGAAAUUGAGUACUGUGUCCAUGUAAAUAGAGUUCCAUUUGACUUGAACUCGUGUGUCGUGUAAGCCUUGAGGGUAUGGGCCAAUGGCCGAUGCCAUUCUUGAUACGUCAUAAGUCAGAGUAAGUGUAGUUAGAAUAUCAUUUUGUAAGUAUGAUGUAUGUAUUUUGGUGCUGCAUUACUAAUUUAUUUGUUUUUAAUUAGGAUGACCACUUUUUAUAUGAAGCGAAACCGACUUAAUGUAUACAUUUGGAUAUUUUGAAUAAAUUUCGCUCCUAAA